AUGCCAGCAGCUCUUUUGACUGCUUCCGAUGAUUCAGACGAUGGCGUUUUGGAGCGGAGACCACCAAGGAGGCGAUUCUUCCAGAAGUCUGAAAGGGGUCCCAGACGAUUUUUGCUCGACAUCAGUUUUUGUCACUGCCUUCUACUCAGUAUUUUGUCAUUAUCACUAAUCUAUGUGGCCAUGAACACCUACACACUAACGAAGCACUACGCGGAACUGCAAGAAAGUUUUUCCACGGUCACGCAGCUCACAACUCGACUAGAGUCCAUCGAAUUCGGCAUGAACAGAUUGCGCCUUGAGUUCGAUUUCUGGAAAGAAAACUCGUCCAAUGACACCACAACACACGACGCCACCGACUAUGUCUAUGACGUGAUGAAGAGAUUAUCGCUAGACAUCCGAGAAAUGAAGAAACGAGUCGAAGUGGUGAGCGCUUUUCUCACUUUUUCGGAUAUUUUGGUGGUUAACAGAAUUGAAUGCCCAUAA